AUGGCUGCACUGUUCCUCCAGGUGAAGGAGAACAACUACCGGGGCCAUGGGGACAGCGUGGAUCAGCUCUGCUGGCACCCCAGCAACCCUGACCUCUUCGUCACAGCAUCGGGGGACAAAACCAUCCGCAUCUGGGAUGUCCGCACUACCAAGUGCAUCGCCACUGUCAAUACCAAAGGGGAGAACAUCAACAUCUGUUGGAGCCCCGAUGGACAGACCAUUGCAGUGGGCAACAAGGAUGACGUGGUCACUUUCAUUGAUGCCAAGACACAUCGCUCCAAAGCUGAGGAACAGUUCAAGUUCGAGGUGAAUGAGAUCUCCUGGAACAACGAUAACAACAUGUUCUUCCUCACUAACGGGAAUGGCUGCAUCAACAUCCUCAGCUACCCGGAGCUGAAGCCCAUUCAGUCCAUCAACGCCCAUCCUUCAAACUGCAUCUGCAUCAAGUUCGACCCCAUGGGCAAGUACUUUGCCACAGGCAGUGCUGACGCGUUGGUCAGCCUCUGGGACGUGGAUGAACUGGUGUGUGUGAGGUGCUUCUCAAGGCUUGAUUGGCCCGUGCGAACACUGAGCUUCAGCCACGAUGGGAAGAUGCUGGCAUCGGCGUCAGAAGAUCACUUCAUUGACAUUGCAGAGGUGGAGACAGGAGAGAAGCUCUGGGAAGUGCAGUGCGAGUCCCCCACCUUCACAGUGGCCUGGCACCCGAAGAGGCCGCUGCUGGCCUUCGCCUGUGACGACAAAGAUGGCAAAUAUGACAGCAGCCGGGAGGCAGGCACCGUCAAGCUCUUUGGGCUCCCUAAUGACUCCUAAUGAGGCCACACCCGGGGAAGCAAUUCCCUCCCGUGCGCCUGGGGGUGGGAGAGCUCUGUUAGCGUAGGCUGGGGUAAGGAGAUUUUCCUUCCUCGCCUGCUUGGCAGCACUGUGACCUUUGGCUCGGCUCUCAGUGUGUCGCUCUUGGGGGCGUUUGUAAAAAAGCAGCUUGUGUGCUGGGGAGGACGGGGGGUGCUAGCAGAGCC